AUGGACAGUUACAACGAAUCUCCUGAAAUUAUGUGGAGACCUGAUCGAAAUAAACUCACAAAAAUGGAUGAAUUUCGCUCGCAUGUAAAUAAGGCGUUCGGUCUACAAUUAGGUGAGUAUAUAUGUAAUAUAUAGCACCCUAUCUAACGGAAAAUUCUUAAGAAUUCAAGUGCUUUUGUCAUUGAUAUUGGGUUUAAUAUAUUAAGCAUGGUUUUUUAUCCAGUAUUUAGUCCUUUAAUAAUUAUUGCCAUUUUUUUAUUAUUGUAUGGUAUAUAUUUUUGCCUGUAAUUCGAUGCAUAAAUAACAAUUACAUAACUAUUAUGAAAUUACUGAUUUGCAUGUAAAUUAGAAAUAUAAAUUAAUGGCCUUGCAUAUAUAUUGCCUUGCAUUGAUGUUAAAUUGCUUAAAAUCUGAUCAAAGUCCAGGAUAUGUAUACAGUCUAGUCGUAUAACCAGGGGGAGGGGGUGCCCCCAGGAAUUGAACCCUAGCUUGAAAAAAUCUUCUGUUUUGUCACAUGUGUUGAAGAUUACCACAAACUGACACAAACACAGUUUUUAAUCCAGUCCCGCUUCGGCAGUCAGACGUCCAUGUUGACAAAACCAUCACUUGCUUAUAAAGCUGAUAUAAGCUCUAAAUUUUGUUGUGUUAGCAAUACCGCAGACCACAUUCUGAGAAGCUUUAUAUGCAUUUUCUAGAAUCAUACAAUGAUUUUUAUAAGUGGUCAAUUGAUUGUUAUCAAGACUUUUGGGAAACGUUUUGGCACUUUUCUGGAAUUAUUUCAUCAUCACCAUAUACCAAGGUAGGUUAUGAAUAUAUUUUACCCUAAGUAUGGCAAAAGUGUUGUAUGGUAAGAUCAGAUCUAGUAUGGUAAGAUAAUUUGGUAUGUGGUAUGGUACGUACGUAUGCAGACACAGUAUGGUAUGACACAGUAUGGUAUGACACAGUAUGGUACGUAUGGUGCAGCAUGGUAUGGUAUGGUGCAGCAUGCCAGUAGUAGAUGUGGUUCUGUUUGAUGUGUAUGAUGGUUUUGUAAAUGCAUGUAUUGACAUGUAUGGUAUGGUACUGUAUGGUAUGGGUUGAUGGUGUGGUUCUGUACAGUAUAUCAUAUGGUAUAAUUGGUACAGUAUGGUAUGUAUAGUACAAUAUUAUAUAUAUAUGGUUUGGUAUUAAGUACUGUAUACUAUAGUAUUGUAUGGUAUGGUAUGGCACUGUAUGCAUGGUAAGGUAUGGUAGUGUUUGGCAAAUGGUACUGUAUGGUAUGGUUCAUCCAAUUACACUGUUCUUCAAGGUUAUCAACACAGAAGUGAUGACAGACAUCCCAACAUGGUUUUGUGACAGCAAAUUAAACUAUGCUGAAAAUCUUUUAAACUUUAACGACAACAGAACUGCCAUAAUCACAUCAGGUAUUGUACUACUCACACAUGACAUCAAUUCUCAACUUAAUUGGUCCAGCAUUACUACAGCCUAGAAAUCACCUCAUGGAGAAACCUGUUCUGUUUGGUAGAGUCAAACUGGAAGCACUCUUCCUGCAUGUGAUAAUCACAUAUUGCAGAAAUGGUGUACCGAUCAACAUGUACAAAUAUAUUUUACAGGAGAAGGACAAGAAGACGAAAGAAUAUCAUUCAAAGAGCUGCGAGCAAGAGUAACCAUCCUGGCAUCCGCCUUAAAGAAACUUGGUGUCAAAAAAGGAGAUCGAGUUGCUGGUAUGAAAAUUGGUUUUCAGCACUGUAAGAUUAUGGUUUCAUGUCCCAGCUAAUUGUGGUUGCAAAUUAUAAUUUUCAGGGUAUUUGCCCAAUGGUAGCCUAGCUGUCGAAGCAAUGCUAGCAACUGCAAGUUUAGGAGCGAUUUGGAGUUCCACAUCGCCGGACUUUGGGUCGCUGGUAAGAGUCUAAGAUGAUUAGAUGAAAUGACAAAUGUACAUUCAAUUAAUGCAUGGUGAUAGCAUUUUUUGCGGAAAACAACCAUCAUGGUUUUGUUUUGCUCAUAGGGUGUCUUGGAUCGCUUUGUUCAAAUUAAUCCUCGAGUGAUUUUCUCUGUCAACGCUGUCACGUACAAUGGAAAAGUUCACAAUCACAUGAUCAAACUUAAGGAAGUCGUGAAAGGUUAAUAUUACUUAUUCCAAUGCCAAGGUUUAUAUUGUUUCCAAUGGCACUGUACGUACCCUGACAGCAGAGCCUGAUUUAAUGUCACUGCCGUGAAUCUGACAGCUCAAUCUGAUUGAGUCGAAGGCUUUCUAAGGACGCCUCUCGCAGCCACCUUAUGACUCAUGUCUGAUCACGAACCACGGCUACGAUGGAAGGGUCAGUUAGGGGCAACUUCCAGCCCACCCUGUCAAUAUUCCCUGUGCUUGUUCUGAUAACUGUGCCACGUACCGCGCGAAGCCCCUAGCUUACAUGUCAAAAGUCAAAACUCCUUAGCCUGCUCGCUUCUCAUCCUCUUGUUUUCAGCAUAAAAAAAAACGUUAAGAGCUGUUAAAUGUUCUUUCAUUCAUCAGGUCUUCCUAAUCUUGAGAAUGUAAUCGUUUUUCCAUUCGUUGGUUCAAAAGAUGAAAUUAAUCUGGACGAACUACCUAACAGGUUACUGAAUAACACUUUCUGAAAAGAUUUACGCACACGCAAAAAUCUCACAUCUUGCAACAAGUUCGCAUUGCUCGUCCCAAGUUGUCAACAAGUAGAUAUGGAACAACUUGUUUUAAACAGUUGUAACAACAAUAUUGUUACAACCUUGUGUCGUCAACCUUGUAACAUUCUUGUUGUAUCAUGACUGUAUCAGACUUGUUGGAACAACCUUGUAACAAGUCUGAUAAUACCAUCAACUUGCAACAAGCUGUUAACAGCUUGUUCCGAACUUGUUACAACAUCUGGGAACAAGCAGUCGACAACUUGUCGACAGCUUGUGAACAGAUUUGUAACAACUUGUGUGCUGCACACAUGUAACAACUUGUGCGUUUUUACGUGUGUAAAGCGAACAAUAAUAAUUCUAACACAUUUUUUUCUUAAUUUAACGUCGUCAGUAUGUUCUACGAUGAUUUUCUAAAGUUGGCUGACACUUCUGAGGAGUUGACGUUUGAACAAGUACCUUUCAACCAUCCAUUGUUUAUUAUGUACUCAUCUGGUACCACUGGGAUACCAAAAUGUUUGGUGCAUUCCGUUGGGGUAAGGAAUGUAUGGUAUAGUAUGGUAUGGUGUUGUAUGGUAUGGUAUGUAUGGUGUGUGUGGUGUUGUAUGGUAUGGUGUUGUAUGGUAUGGUAUGGUAUGGUGUGGCAUUGUGUGGUACGGUAUGUGGUGUGAUAAGAUGUGGUAUGUAUAUGUUGGUGAAAUUUUCUAUGGUUCACUGACUUCUCACAAUAGCUGGUUAAAAUUCUAGGGCACAUUAAUACAACAUCUGAAAGAACACAUUCUUCAUGGAAAUAUGACGAGGGACGAUGUCAUAAUCUACUACACAACGGUAAACUGUUCAACAAUGUAAAGUAGUAUAUAAUAUGAAAACCACCAAAACAGAGACCUUACUAUGUGCAUGAUACAUUCUAGACUGGCUGGAUGAUGUGGAACUGGCUGGUGACCUCUCUGGCUGUUGGUGCUACAGUAGUACUGUACGAUGGUUCACCCAUAAUCCCCACACCACACGUCUUGUUUGACUUAGUGGAUAGACACAAGUACGUAAAGCCCCGGGUCAAAUCAGGAUGAGAGUUGAUGAGAGUUGGCAGCCACGCAUUGUUACAGGAGACAUUUCAAGCUCUAGAUUAACAAAAUAAAGGUUUGAUAAGUGUUUCAACCACGUUUUAAAGGGACCGGUCAUUAUUUAUGGUGGGGGCUGGCACCGAAGAGAAAUGUUUUUCAUGGGGAAAAUUUUGCUGACCCAACCAUUAAAAAGUCAAAAAUUUGAUUGCCCAACCUUGAAAAUCAAUUAAAAAAUAAAUACCCACCCCUGGCCAAAACUUUACAAAAGGAUACCAUUCAGUUGUCACACAUGUCCUUUACUACUUCUGUGACAUGAGUUUGAUAACGGCUUGUGAAAUUUCCUGCAGUCUAAAGUUUCAUAUUGUCUGCACAUGUAGUUUCUUUGGAGACAUCAUUUGUCUCCUGACAAAUCGGAAAAUAUCAAGAUAGUGAUUCUGAUAGAUUCACAUAUUGUAUUGACACACGACUGUUGACAUUGCUUUUUAGUCUUCAAUAUUUUAGUAAGUCAUGCUUUGGAAAUGACAACAUUUUUUUUCUUACCCAAUUGGCCCUUGAGUUGUUUUGUUUUUCAUUUACCCAACCUUUUACUCACUCAAAAUUUUGUUUACCCAACCAUUUUCUCUUCGGUGCCACGCCCGCCAUAAAUAAUGACCGCUCCCUAAACAAUGUCGCGUGAUCGCCAACUCUCAAGCUGACUCUCAUCCUCGUUUAAGUCGUUUCAUCUGGGCUUAAAAAUUCUGGGGCAGGUUGUUCGAAAACCAGAUAGCGCUCCGCCGGAUAGCUACUGAUUUAGGCUACGUUUAACACUUGUACCAGAUAGCUUUCCGUAGCGAUGUGAAAAACAGCUAUCCGUACCUUUUAGGAACACUAUUUUCAGACAGCUAUUUGCAACGGAGAGAUGUUGUUUCGCUCAGCUUCUGAAAGUUGUACACUUCCGUGUUGGAUAGGUGCUUUUUCGCGCCGCUACGGAAAGUCUUAGUGAUUUUUUCAAGCUUUCUGAAAUUGGGCGUUGAUUGGUAUAAAGCAAGAUUAAAGUUUAGUUUAUUCAUUAAUGUUUUUUAUAUUUCAUGCCCGUAGACUUCAGUUUCACAGCUUUUCCAACAUUCUUACAAAGUUUAACAAAAAAUCACCAUCCGGUGGAUGGCAAGCCAUCGUACGACCGGUCCAGAUUGUUAGGGUAUUUCCCACGAUCUUUAUAAAAUCCAGAUCAUUUUGGAGAAAUGAAAUUUUCGUUGCAUGGGUUUUGAUGUUUUUUCUUUUCGGUUUUCUAGCAUAACUAUUUUUGGAGCGAGUCCCAAGUACCUCGAGACUUUAGAAAGCAAAAAUGUCGUCCCAAGUAAGUCUGGAACUAAUUUACCUCCUUCCCCAAUCUUAGCAUGACGAACAGUGGGAUUUUCAAAACGAUGAAAAGACAAUGAAUAUCCCGUUAUCAUUUUCCUACAACUCACAAAAUUUUAUAUUUUAAAAUAUUUAGAAGAGUCGCACAAUCUGGAAUAUUUGCACACAAUACUUUCAACGGGAGCUCCUUUAACGCCUGCCACAUACGACUAUGUUUAUAACAGCAUCAAGAGAGAUUUGCUUCUUGGCUCAAUCUCCGGUGAAUGACUUUUAAGUUACAUAUUUUACUUUGGCGUUUAGAGGAGAUGAAUAGAUUUUCGAAUAGUUGGAUCAGGCUGGAAGAACACUUGGAAUGGUGGUUGUGGUGAUGGUGGUUAUUGUGAUGAUGGUGGUAAUGGUGGUUGUAGCAAUGAUGGUUAUGAUGAUGAUGAUAGUGGUGGUGGCUAUUGUGAUGAUGGUGGUUGUGGUGAUGAAUGAUGGUAUGAUAGUGAUUAUUUAGUUGACAAAUAACAAAGGUAAACACAUAUAACAAUGUAGAUUUAUUGAUGUUUUAGGAGGGACAGAUAUUAUUUCAUGUUUCAUGGGUCAAAACCCGACAAUUCCUGUCUACAAAGGUGAAAUUCAAAGUAGAAAUCUUGGCAUGGCCAUCGAAAGCUGGAACGAGGAUGGUAUAUUAAUUUUAUAGUAUUUUUUAUGUAAUUAGUUGCCGUAUGUUACAAGUUCUUUGUUAUCAAUUGUCCUUAUAUUAUUUCCACUGAUGAAGACAGGGCUAACGGAUCGAAAGCUUUGUCAAAAUGAGUACAUAAAAAUCUCACAAGUUGUCAACAAGAUUGUGUUCGCAACAGGCUUGUAGCAAGCUUGUCCACAAGUUGUAACAAUGCUGUUAUUUCAUCAAGUUGCUACAAUGACUCACAACUUGUUGAAUUGCAGGACGAUAACAAGUUGUUGGAACAACCUGUAACCAAGUUGUUGGAACAACUUGUAACAAUUCUGUUGCGCUCAACAACUUUGUAGCAACUUGUCAACAAGCUGGGAACAAGCAGUGCGAACACAUCCUGUUUACAAGUUGUUGGAACAGCAUUGCUACAAGUCUGCUGCAGGUUUGUUACAACUUGUGCGUUUCUACGUGUGUUUUAUUAAAAAAAACCCGCUAUUCAACUACCUUCCUAGGUCAGCCAAUACACGACAAGCGAGGAGAGCUAGUAUGUACGAAACCUUUUCCAUCAAUGCCAGUUUGCUUCUGGAAUGAUGAAGGAAAUGUAAAAUACAACAACGCGUAUUUUGCCAAGUAUAAAGGUGAGUUACUGCCUUGACAUUUUUGAUAAAUCUAUUGUUGAAGCUUGAUACCAGAUAUUGUUCUGAUAAAGUGUCGUUGACUAUUAAAAUUUUUUAUCUAGAUGUUUGGAGUCAUGGUGAUUUCUGUAUAGUCAGCUCUAGGACAGGAGGCGUAGUUAUGUUAGGACGAAGGUACAGAUGUGAUUGUCAUGCAUAGAUACUAAAGCACGUUUAUGCUUUGUUCCGCUCUAAUUAUCAGAACAGUGGUAACUAGGCGUGUGAGUUAAUAUCCCACCCAAUUCACUCACACAUACAAUUUAAAUGCUUGGUUACCUUUGUUCCAUUCUAUGCUCAUAUUAUCAGAACAGUGAACUGGGGCAACCGAUCUAACCAAACGAAAUUAAAUAUUGUGCUUGUGAUGUUACUCUGAGUGUAUAUCCACAUCGGGCAAGCUUGAAAAAUAUGCCUGUCCACGGUGGGAAAGCUUGCCCGGUGUGGAUAUACACUCAGAGUAACAUCACAAGCACCAUAUUCACCUGAGUACAUUACACCAACACAGAAAAAAUCACGAAAUUAAAUAUUAUUUUCAGUGAUGGAACACUAAACCCCAACGGAGUGCGUUUCGGCAGUGCAGAAAUUUACAACGUUGGUAUGUUUUGCUAAAGACUGGAAUAUAUGUUGUAUAUCUUUCAAACUUCUUCAUAAACAUGACACGAGAACCAUAUUUAUAUUUCAGUGGAGAGAUUAAAAGAAGUAGAUGACAGUUUAUGUGUUGCUUGUAAAAAUAAAUUGAAAGAAGAACGCGUUGUCUUGUUUGUCAAGAUGGCGAACGGCUACAAGUAAGUUUAACCAUAUAUAGACAAUGCAAGUUUUAACAGUCGAAUUGCACAAUGGUCAGGGAUGGUAAACCAUUGUCUGACAAGGAGGAAUGCAGAUUAUCCAGGGACCAAUUGUACAAAGGUCGGACAGCGCUAUCCACUGGCAAGUUUCCCUUUAUAAGUUUUGUUGCAUGCUCGUAUGUACGGAAUGUUGUUAAACAUUUUUUAUCUUGCGUCAAGGCCGCCUUUUGUUUGCCAAAACCGUAGAAGUAUUUUUUUACACUUGUCAAGAUUUACUUGGCGGCCGUACACACGAACAAAUUUUCCUCGAGUCCAAAAGCUGGCAUGACCAGUUUUGGAACAAGGCUCGUUGGCAAGGAAAAAUUGUCCAUUUUUUGCCGCAUACAUACGAGCAAGUGAAACUUAUCAGGGAAAACUGUCCAUUGCUGGCGAAGCUGCAAUCUCAUAAACAAAACAUCAUUCGUGAAAAACUAAGGCUUAAAAUUGUCCUAGCGCGAGAAAUAUUCGUAAUCACUUUCUUUCCUUCUUAUCAGAUUCACAGACGACUUCAUAACGAGAAUAAAACACGAAAUUCGAAGUAAAUUAUCGCCACGCCAUAUUCCCGCCAAAAUCCUACAGAUCCAGGACAUCCCUCACACGACGAACGGCAAGAAAGUCGAGGUUGCAGUGAAGCGAAUCCUCGCAGGGGAACAUGUAGAGCACAGAGUUGCCUAUCGCAACCCUCAAUCGCUAGAUCUUUACUAUAAUUUGAAAGAAUUAGAGGAUUUAUAAAGACAUAGAUAUUAUAAGGGACCGGUCAUUAUUUAUAGCGGCUGGGUUGCACCGAAGAGAAAUGUUUUUCCUGGUAAAAAUUUUGCGCAGUUAAAAAGUCCAAACGUUUGCUAAGCCAACCUCAAAUAUCAAUUAAAAAUGAAUACCCACCCUGGCCAAAAACUUUACAAAAGGAUACCGUUCAGUUGUCACACAUAUCCUUUACAUAGACGGAUUUUGUGGGGGGUGCAGGGGGGUGCUACCCCCCCAAUAUUAGCUAUAACCCCCCCCAAACAAAAUGUCCACCCCUC